AUGUGUAGCUUCCUCUCUGGCCUAGCCCGUCGUUCUUUGCGCACACAUUGCAUGUGCAUUAGAUUGAAAUGGCUGUUUUGUUGUCUGCGCUCACUUUUGUUGUCCUCUCUUGCUCGCUACUUCCCUGUGCCAAUGCUGUUUCCGUGCCUGUCCUCACUGCUCCUUGUAUUGUUGUUGGUGGUGCAGUUACAUUACAACUGCUCUGUUGUCUUCCACGUCCCAGUUUUGGCCCUUGUGGUCUCAAAACACAGUGACAAACACCAUUUCCGCAACGAGGGCAACUGCAUGUGUUUGUGCGUGCAUGUGUGA